AUAUCGUGUUUUCCAGAAACAGAAAUACUGAAACAAACUAAAGAAUUGUAUAAGAUCUACUCUCUUUUUGCUCCUCAACUCUUCUCAAAAAAUAAAAAUAAAAUUAGGGUUCUAUAGAAACUAAAAAGUGGGUUUUCUCUGUUUCAUCUCAUUGCAACUCUCAGCAGUCUUUGUUAUUGUUAGGGGGUAUGGCGACUAGUAGCAUGAAAUCAAAGCAGGUACGCACAACCAAGCUCUCUCUGAUACAUAAUGAGAAGCGUAGAAGCAGCUUAUCAGAUGAUGAACUUAUAAUCUUCGUCUUGGGGGGUCCUGGUAGUGGAAAGGGGACACAGUGCAAGAUGAUUGCCCAAAGGGAUGAUCAGUUCUGCCAUCUUAGCGUUGGAGAUCUUCUUAGGCUAGAACAGGAAUCAGGUUCCAAGCAUGGUACCAUGAUUAAGAACUAUAUCAAGGAGGCAAAGCUCGUCCCUUCAGAGAUUGUGGUUGACCUCAUACUACAGGCCAUGAAGAGAAGUGGCAAGAAAAAGUUUCUAAUUGAUGGGUUCCCUCGCAACGAAGAAAAUCGUGUUGCGUUUUAUUCUGCUUGUCAACUAAAGCCAAAAUUUGUGCUUUAUCUAUCUUGUUCCAAAGAGGUCAUGGUGCAACGUCUUCUUUGUAGACAACAGGGUAGAGAAGAUGAUAAUAUCGAAACAAUAAGGAAGCGGUUGAAGGUUUUCGAGAACUCAAGCCUCCCUGUAAUUGAAUAUUAUCGCAGUGUGGGAAUACUUCAAGAGAUCAAUAGUGAGAUGCCUGUGGAGGAGGUUUUUAAGGAGAUCGCACAAGUUUUUUGAACUCUUGGAAAGCAGAGCUGGAGAAAAUUUUGUUUCUCCGGGGAAACGCUAUGGAACUGGAGUUGGAUCAACCUGAUUAUGGAGAGUGAUGCUCAAACAUCAAAAUGCAAUAAGGCUACUUUUAAUGAGACCUGCAGUACAAUGAUUUAGAUUAAUCAUUUCUUAUUUUCUCUCUAGAUUCUCAAACUGUUUGUUUAACUUUUCACCAUGUUGUGCAAUGUUUUAGGAUUAUCAGUUCUUAAUUUCCCUCAUUUUUAAGUAUACUGGGUGCCUAGGGAAAUUACAUCCCAAGCUAAGCAAGGAUGAUAUAGAUAUCCCUGCUUUAGGAAGACAGCAUUUCUAGUUCCGUGACAGAUACUCCACUCUACCAUACUUUAUCCAGAAAUCCUUUUUAGUCAUGUUGCUAGGGACAAAAUUAAUAAUC